AUGGAGGGCGAGACAUUGGAGCAGAUGCAGACGCGGCACCGUCGUGAGCUCAAAGACGUCCAAGGAAGAAUCACCAGCAAGAAGAAGAACGCGACGAAGAAGACGCGCAAGGGUGUCAAUGACGAAUGCGCCGAGAUGGAACGUCAGCUAAGAGAGAAGCAAGCUUCUGAGGUUGCGGCCAUGAAUGGAGAGGCGGGAGAGGAUCUCGAGGAGGAGGAGGAGGAAGACGAGGCACAGCAGAACGGCGCGACGACCAACGGGGCGCAAGAGCUAGAAACAGCGACAGCGAAGCUGAACCUGGAGGAGAGCAGCAACGAGUCAGCGCAGCAGCAGCCCGGCAAGAAGCGAAACCGACAAAAGGAGCGGCUGGCGCGGCGCGCUGCCGAGCAAGAGGCCGCGAUGCUCCACGCCGAGCAAGAAGCGUCCAACAUGACGGACCACCGGGCGCGCGAGAGCACAUACAUGAAGGGCGAGUUCAAGGCGCACGGUCUCAGCGAGAAGGACAUCCAGCCGGACGGUCACUGCCUGUUCGCGGCGCUGGCCGACCAGCUUGCGCAUAACGGCAUCCCGCUGGGCGCUGACGACGACGACAAGGAGCCGGCGUAUCGGACGGUGAGGAAGAAGGCGGCCGGGUUCAUGGAGGCGCACGCAGACGACUUUGCGCCGUUUUUGGAGGAGGACCUGGAGGGGUAUGCGAAGAAGAUGAGGGAUACGGCGGAAUGGGGCGGGCAGCUGGAGCUGAUGGCCGUGGCGAGACAGUACGGGGUCGAGAUUAGAGUGAUUCAGGACGGGAGGACGGAGAAGAUUGGAGAGGGAGAGGUAGAGGGAGAGGGAGAGGGAGAACAGGCAAAGACGCUGUGGCUGGCGUACUAUCGGCAUGGGUAUGGGCUGGGAGAGCACUACAACUCCCUGAGAAGGGCGGCGGCGGCGGCGGCAACCACGACGGCGGCGGACUGA